AUGGCGUCCGAUAGCGAUAGCAGCUCGAGCAGAUCAGUCUCGCCCGAGCCUACAACUAAGCAGGCAAAGAACCUGCAAAAGCUCUCCAAGGCACAGGAGUCCAGUGAAGAUGAUACCUCAGAUUCAGGCUCAAGCUCAGGCUCAGACUCAGACUCAGACUCGGAUAGCGACUCAGACGACUCCAACGAAAUGAAACCAGAUGCCUCGGGCAAGAAAGUUGCCAUCUCCGGUCCUCGGCCAUUCAAACCACCAGUGGGAUUCAAGUCUGCAAAGAAGCAGGCCCCGCCAUCCUCUAAAGCAUCCUCCAUUUUGUCCAAACUCGAUGGAAAACACGUUCUCCACAUCACAGCCCCGGCGUCUCUCCCAUUGUCCAAAAUCAAAGAAGUGUCUAUGGCCAGGCUGAUGCAGGGUGAACCGAUCAUCACUCACGACGGUGUGAAUUACGGUAUCCCACCCGAGGCCUUUUCUGAGGCCGAACCAGCAAGCAAAUCGCUAUUUCUAUUUGACGAAAAGUCACAAACAUAUCACGAUGCAGCCAAUCGAGUUCCCAGUUAUCACGUCCAGGAAUUGAUCGGUCUCCCAAGUGUAUCGGAAAACACUGAUGCCGCUGUGGCAAAGCUGCGUGAAUACGUCAAGCCAGCCAAGACCCAGCCGAAGAACUUGAAGAUGCGCUUCCGGCCCGUCGGAACCGCCCGUACGGCCCCGGAAACUUUUGGCUCCAGUUCGGAAUCGGAGUCCGAGGCCCCUUCGUUCAAGGUUCCCAAAGGAGAAGAACGUAAGAGGAAGCUGUCUCACACUGAUGCUGAGGGUGAUGCACCCCAAGUGGCAGCGUUGCCUCGGAAGAAGUCAAAGAAGCACUCACAAGAAAAGGGAGACGACGACGAGCAGAGCCGGAAGAAGUCCAAGAAGUCCCACAAGGAUAAGGAGGAUAAAAAGCGAAAGAAGUCUGAAAAGGCAUGA